GGAUCAAAGUGCAGUUACAGGGGUUUCUCUGUACAAGAACAACAUUGUCUUACUUCAUAGUAAGUCUUGGCACUCUGAAUGACGAUUAACAGCUAAGGAAUUGUGAUUUGUACAUAGUUGGCCCACAAUGAAUCCUUUCCACAUCCUUCUGGGAAGCCUGUUGUGCAUCUGUGCUGUGCAGUUGGAAGAAGCAGCGGUGAGAGAGUGGAAUGGAAAAGGAACGACCCCUAACCUGCAAAGCAUUGUACUGGGCAGGUGUUACGAUUACACUGAAACAGUGAAUCCUUCGGUGGGUAAAAAGAAUUGCUCUGAGAUAUGGGAGGCAUUUGAGAAGGCAUUCGUCGGCAAAGACCCGUGUUUGGUUUUACCUGAACAUUAUGAGCUGUUCAUUAAUCUGACACUGCAUGACAUCCCUGCAAGUAAGUCUGUUUUCUGGGAGAAUAACAAGCAGCUGGUACAUAGAUACUCGGAUAAAACCAGUCGCUACAUGCCUUUGGGAGACACACUAGCUGGCUGGAUGGUUGAUAAUUUAGACUGGUGCGGAUCACUCAGUACCCCAGGGUUAGAGUACAGCUCCUGUCCCACCACGGCAGAAUGUGAAAAUAACCCACAGGAAGCAUUCUGGAGGAUUGCGUCUGUGACUUAUGCCAAACACAGCUCUGGAGAAAUACAGAUUAUGCUGAAUGGAUCUACUCUGGGCGGGGCUUUUCCAGUCCCAAGUUUUUUAGCAGACUUUGAAAUACCAAAUUUUCAAAGAGACCGAGUGUCCAAUAUCAGUAUAAUGGUGAUGGAUGAAAUUGGCGGACCUGACAUAGACUCGUGUGGGAAGAACAGUAUUGCAGUUUUAGAAACCAUCUUGGCAUCAAGAAACUUCCCUUUCAAGUGCUUUGAUAAUUACAGACCCGUUAGACUCUUGCAGUGCGUGGAUUCCCCCAACCACCCUGAAUGUUCCCUGGGUAACAGCAUUGGCCCUGCUCACUUAUGGAUCUCCACAGUGCUCCCCUUAUUGGCUGUUGUUCUAAAUCCUAUUGUUCAUUAAAGAAUACAUAUUUAACAAGA